GGCAUCAGGACCUAAAGUCCAUAACUGCCUCAACUGUGGCCGACCUAAUUACAGGCAGAAUUAUAAAUGUGGAAUUCAAAAUAAUUGAUUGCCGGUAUCCCUAUGAGUUUAAUGGCGGCCAUAUAAGUGGUGCCGUGAAUCUUUAUAUGAGACAGCAAAUCUCUGAAUUUCUCAAUAAAUCAUACAAGAAAAGAGAAAAAAUUAAAUUUUUGAUUUUCCACUGUGAAUUUUCAAGUGAACGUGGACCUAACCUUUGCAGAUAUCUACGGGAGAUAGAUAGAAAAAAAAACGGGACUGCAUACCCUGCAUUAGAUUACCCAGAGCUUUAUCUCUUGGAGGGUGGAUAUAAUAAAUUCUUCAGGGAGUACGCGGGGAUGUGCAGUCCUCAAAAUUAUAUAGAAAUGUUGCAGCCGGAAUACGCUGAGGAGCUGCAACAUUAUAAAAUGCAAUCGAAGACGUGGAAUAGAGACAAACACAAAAUAAAUAAAAAUCGGUAAAAAAGUGUAAAUAGAAUUUUGUUUGAAGCUCAUGGUUUUUAUUUGGAAAUCUUCAUUUUUACCUCUUAAUUUAAGCUCAGUAAUAAAUAAUGCAGCAGCAUAUGUG